AGACACGCGCGCGCGGUUUUCUUCCGUUCUGGUCCUUCGCGCAUCCCGCCGUUUGUGGGUUGAUUGGUUGGGUUCCUGUUUUCUCCAGUUUUCCUAUCCGUUGUAAAAAGUAGCUCUGUACCCAUCGUUCUAGUUAGUUAGAGUGUUAGGUGGAAAAAAUCUCUAGACUUCUAGUAGAAGACGUUUUGGCCCUCCCACCAAAUUUCACUUGGAACAGCUGAAUUAAACGGGAAACGGGCCUGUUUUGUGGUGCGUGUAUUUCGAAAAAGUGCGUUCUUGCGUAGCUGCGUAGGUGUUUGUGUACGCCACAAAACGAGCGCGCGUUGCCCGUCAUCGUUGAUUAAUAAAUAUACCGGGAAAACUGUGUUUUGAGAAAAAUAGUACCUUCGACAAAGUUGAAUGCUCAGUGAGUAACCGGAUGGCAUUGUGAAUAGUGGAAAGUGUUCGUACGUGCAACGGAAACUUUGAGCUCGAGUCAAACUUCCGGUCCAGCAAUUGGCUCCAUCAUAACACAUCCGGGAAAGGGUGCAAAAGUUCAAGAAGAAAUGAACGAAAUUCCGAGCGCAAUCAGCGAUACAAACUCCAACCAAGUGUAAAUAAACAUUGUUGAAGUAGCUCUAGUUUCACACUAAGAAAACAUAAUAAAAUCCAAUUGUUCUGCAACAAAAUUUCGCGUGUAGCUGCAUGCAGUGAGUGCAAUAAUGCAAUAAAUGUGCUAUUGUUGUCGUCGCCAUUGUCGUUGAUGUUAUUGUUGUUAGCUACCUACUGUUUCAAAAUUUCAAUGGUUGCAGCACCCAUGAGAAGUACGGGAAAAUGACAUUUAUAGCUGAGUGCACAGCGAGGAUAUCAUACAUUGGAUUUAGUGAUAAUGGUUUUAAUGGUGCUACAUUUGGAAGUGAUUAAGAAAAUUUUAAUCUAAUCUUUCAAACCUACUAUUAAAUAGUUGUGUAAACGUGUUUAGCAAAUCUUUCAAUCUUUAAAUAUUUGUUCCGAAGAAAUAAAGUGCUAAUUUAGAAAAAAAGGCUAGUUAAGUGCUAACUGAAAAUCUACUGAUUAGGAUCUCACAAUGGCUCAGUUUGUGACCCACAUUCAGCCGACGCUGAUGGAAGCGUCCCAGGGGCAUGUCCCGCACCAUCACGGGCAUCAGGUGGGGGUCCAGCAUACGUCCCACUUGCCCCACAGUGGCCACAACAUGCCCUCGCCUCCGACCCACCAUGGCCACGGUCAUGGAUACGGCCAUGGACAUGGGCAUCAUUUGCAUGGGCAUAGCAUGAGCCACAGCGCCAGCCGGGAAAUCGGAAAUGGGGGGAAAUCGGGUAGCAAAAAUCCGCUGUCUCCGAGGUCGGAUCAUCACCAGAAGCAGCAGGAAAAGGAUAAGCGGCACAGCGGAAGCCACGAGCAGCAGCAGCAGUUCCAUCAUGAGUUCACAUCUCAUUACAAUCAGUACCAGCACGAGCACUACCAGCAUCUGCACCAUCAGCAGCAUCAGCAUGAGAAGCAGCUGGCGGCUGCUGUGGCCGCUGGGAUGGCUUCGCACGGCCAUCACCAUCAUCAUCAUUCGGGAUCGUCUGAUGGAAACACCUCGUUUCUCCGCGCAGCUAGAGCAGGCAAUCUAGAAAAAGUUUUAGAGCAUCUUAAAAAUAACAUCGACAUCAACACUUGCAAUGCGAAUGGCUUGAACGCGCUCCACCUUGCAUCGAAGGAUGGGCACGUGGCCGUGGUUACGGAGCUGUUGGCCCGCGGAGCCACCGUAGAUGCGGCCACCAAGAAGGGUAACACCGCACUGCACAUCGCUUCGUUGGCCGGCCAGGAGGAUGUAGUUAAGCUGCUAAUCCAAAAUCAGGCUUCCGUUAAUGUGCAAUCGCAGAAUGGCUUCACGCCGCUCUAUAUGGCCGCCCAGGAAAACCACGAUUCGGUGGUGCGUUUGCUGCUUUCGAAUGGGGCCAACCAGAGUUUGGCUACCGAGGAUGGCUUCACGCCCCUGGCCGUUGCCAUGCAGCAGGGUCAUGAUAAGGUAGUUGCUGUGCUGCUAGAAAGCGACACUCGCGGCAAGGUUCGACUUCCGGCGUUGCACAUCGCAGCAAAGAAGGAUGACGUCAAGGCAGCUACGCUACUACUUGAGAAUGAUCAUAAUCCGGAUGUUACAUCCAAGUCCGGUUUUACUCCGCUUCACAUCGCAUCGCACUACGGCAACGAAGCUAUGGCCAACCUGUUGAUCCAAAAGGGAGCGGAUGUUAACUACGCUGCUAAGCACAAUAUUAGUCCAUUGCACGUUGCUGCCAAGUGGGGUAAAACCAAUAUGGUUGCCCUGCUGCUCGAGAAAGGCGCCAACAUCGAAAGCAAGACUCGUGACGGGUUAACACCGCUGCAUUGUGCUGCCCGUUCCGGUCAUGAACAGGUCGUAGAUAUGUUGUUGGAACGAGGCGCUCCAAUCAGCGCCAAAACCAAGAACGGUCUGGCACCGUUGCACAUGGCUGCCCAAGGAGAGCAUGUCGAUGCGGCACGGAUCCUGCUCUAUCACCGGGCCCCAGUCGAUGAGGUCACCGUAGAUUAUUUGACGGCUCUGCACGUUGCUGCUCACUGUGGGCACGUUAGGGUUGCCAAGCUGCUGCUGGAUCGCAAUGCCGAUGCAAACGCUCGGGCUCUGAACGGAUUUACGCCGCUGCAUAUUGCUUGCAAGAAGAACCGUAUCAAGGUCGUAGAGUUGCUGCUCAAGCAUGGUGCCAGCAUUAGCGCUACCACUGAGAGUGGCUUGACUCCGCUGCAUGUCGCCUCAUUUAUGGGCUGUAUGAACAUUGUCAUCUAUUUGCUGCAACAUGACGCCAGUCCGGAUGUGCCGACUGUGCGUGGAGAAACCCCAUUACAUCUUGCGGCUAGAGCUAAUCAGACCGACAUCAUCCGCAUCUUGCUCCGGAACGGAGCCCAGGUCGAUGCUCGGGCCCGGGAACAGCAAACGCCACUGCACAUCGCCUCAAGGCUCGGAAACAUCGACAUCGUGAUGCUGCUGCUGCAACACGGAGCCCAGGUCGACGCCGUCACCAAGGACAUGUACACCGCACUGCACAUCGCCGCCAAGGAGGGCCAGGACGAGGUUGCCGGAGUUCUGAUUGAAAACGGGGCCCAGAUCGAUGCGGCCACUAAGAAAGGAUUCACUCCGCUGCAUUUAACUGCCAAGUAUGGUCACAUUAAGGUUGCCGAGUUGCUUCUAGCGAAGAACGCUCCUGUAGAUGCCCAGGGCAAGAACGGAGUUACGCCGCUGCACGUUGCAAGCCACUAUGAUCAUCAGAACGUAGCUAUGCUACUUCUAGAGAAGGGUGCAAGCCCACAUGCUACUGCCAAGAAUGGACACACUCCGCUGCAUAUUGCAGCACGCAAAAAUCAGAUGAACAUAGCGACUACGCUGCUGCAAUACGGUGCCCAAACCAAUGCUGAAAGCAAGGCCGGAUUCACGCCGCUACAUCUGAGCGCACAGGAAGGUCACCACGAGAUGUCUGCAGUGCUGCUGGAAAACAAGGCCAAUCCGGACCAGCAGGCCCGCAACGGCUUAACCCCGAUGCAUCUCUGCGCACAGGAAGAUCGCGUUAACGUAGCACAGGUUCUGGUCAAACACGGAGCGGAUACUCACACCGCAACCAAGGCCGGAUACACUCCACUGCACGUGGCCUCACACUUUGGUCAAUCGAACAUGGUUCGCUAUCUGCUGCAGCAGGGCGUCGAUGUUAACGCUCCAACCGGCAUCGGUUACACUCCGCUGCAUCAAGCUGCCCAACAAGGACAUUGCCAUAUUGUUAACAUUUUACUAGAGAAUAAUGCUGAUCCCAAUGCAAUUACUAAUAAUGGACAAACAUCGCUGAAGAUUGCCCAGAAGCUGGGCUACAUCAGUGUACUGGAUUCGCUCAAAUCGGUUACCGAUAGCAAGACGACGCCGGAGCAGCCUCCGUCGGAGGAGAAGUACCGAGUCGUGGCACCUGAAGCCAUGCACGAGACCUUCAUGUCCGACUCGGAGGAAGAAGGAGGUGAAGACACCGUGCUGUCGGAUCAACCCUAUCGCUAUCUGACCGUUGAUGAGAUGAAAUCACUUGGAGAUGAUUCUCUACCGAUCGACGUGACCCGGGACGAGCGUCACGAUUCUAACAAGAUGGUGACCAGUACAGAUUCGCACCAGUUUCCGCCGACGGCCCUGGAGGACUCCAUCAGCCCCCAGCACGCCUCGAUGAUCCAGUCCGGUAUUUCCGUAACUGACUUUGCCGACAACAUUAACAUCGAGCGACAGUCGAUGAUUGGAAAACUACACUGGAAAAAUUUCCUGGUUUCGUUCCUGGUUGACGCCCGUGGAGGAGCGAUGCGCGGUUGCCGUCACAGUGGAGUGCGCAUCAUUGUGCCGCCACGUUCGGCCGCUCAGCCGACCAGGAUCACUUGUCGGUACGUGAAACCCCAGCGCACCAUGCAUCCUCCGCCGCUGAUGGAGGGAGAAGCGUUGGCCAGCCGAGUUCUGGAACUGGGCCCAGUCGGGGCCAAGUUUCUGGGACCGGUCAUUAUGGAGGUGCCGCACUUUGCCUCCCUACGCGGAAAGGAACGAGAAAUUGUUAUUCUCCGUUCCGACAACGGGGAAACCUGGCGGGAACAUAACAUCGACAUGUCUGACGAAAUCGUGCACGAUGUGCUGAAUGAAUGCUUCGAGGCUGAAGAUUUAGCCCAACUGGACGAGCUCGGCGGCGGUCGCAUCUGCCGCUUCGUGACGUACGACUUCCCGCAGUACUUUGCGGUGAUUUCGCGCAUCCGCCAGGAGGUGCACGCCAUCGGACCGGAGGGCGGCAUGGUAUCCAGCACCGUGGUCCCGCAGGUGCAGGCCGUCUUCCCGCAGGGCGCCCUCACCAAGAAGAUCAAAGUCGGUCUACAGGUAAAUUUGUUCAAACCCCGCAAGGGCGUGGCGCCGGAAAAGUUGCGCAAAAUCAGCGUCAACCACGUUCCGAAGAAGAAGCGCUUCUCGCUCAUCUGGUAAAUUACUCCUUCUUUGGAAUGCUGGAGAUUUGCUAUAUUUUUCCGUUAAUAAUGUAGCACAACUACUUGAGUGUAUCUGGAGCAGGCAAGGCCAGAGUCUGAUGAUUUGAACCCUAAAAAUAUUAAGGUUAACAACACCGGUAGUAGAAUCUCCUGUUUUUGUGUAAGGGAAAAGCUUCCAUUAUAUUUGCUAACCAGGAAAAAAAAACAAAACCUUAACCGUUUCUAUAUAACUGCAUGUUCGUAGAUCCGUUGAGACAGUGAAAGAUUUAAACUCGCUUUUUAUUAUGUAUUUUUGUAGUUUUUCUUUUUUUCUGUUUAUCGGAUUCACAUCCAAAAAAUGUUCUAACUUGACUACUUGAAAGUAUUUAGCAGUUUUUUGCUUACACCCUUUUUAAAUGUUAGACACAUUCGAGAGCAAAUGGCAUUUUAAUGAUAUUUCAGACUAUAUACUACCGUUCAGGGGAUUUAUCAGAAGGAUACGUUCAACUACAGCAUUACACAACAAUGAAACGAAAGUAUUACUAUUUAUCUACCGAUAUGGGACUUGUUGCAUUUAAAGUUGUGUUGUUGGAGGAAAAAAUGGAAUCAUUACUAUUUUUCAAAAAAUCAUUAGAUAACCUAAUAAAAGAAACACUUUAAAUAAAAUUUGUUACUAGAUUGAUGAAAUUUUUCCGUUUUAUUUGGUUCAUAUCUGGUGGUUUAGAACUAUGUCCAACCAAUUUAAUAAAACGGGAAAAUUGGCAACAGUAUGUUUCAUUACAAUUCCAUUUUUUCCACUGGCAACGGCAACAUAAUUUCAACUUUAUAACUAGCGUAUACCAUGAAUAACUUCUCGCCAGUUAGACAGAAACCUAAAGGUUCUAUCAUCUAUCGUUAGUUUAGAGAUACAAUCAAAAUUCGGAAUUGGGAAAUUUGGUUUCAUUUUUCACCAAAUGUAACGUUAAAUUUUCCUUCAUUCGCACGCUUCAACUGUCAAAAUUCCAAAUGUCAUUGAAGUCGAGAGCGUGUCGAUCAAUUAACUCACGUGCAAUCAAUCAUUCUCAUCGAUAAGAGCAAAAAUGGCGUCCACAAUGCACCCAUCCCAUAUACAUAGUACGAACAUAAACAAACACAAACAAACGUAAACUAACUGUUAAAUGAAGCUUCCGGCAUUCAUUUUCAAACAUAAUUUGAAUAGUUUUGUUCUUGUUUUUUGGCAUUUGCAAACUAUUUAUAACCAAUCAGCAUUAACUCAGCAUAAAACUCACCAUAAUCCUACAUAUUCACUUUUUGCCAGAUAACAUAAGUAUUAAGCUAAGGAAUGCCAAAGAUAUAAACAGAUAACUUUAAACAAACAAAAUCAUUUAGAUCUCAACAUACAGUGCUACUUAAGGUUACAGAUUUUGAAAAAAUACGUUGAAAUGUCAUUGAUCUCAAUUUUCAUUCGAAUUCGUUCUAGUUUAAAUCUUAUUCUAACCUUAUUUACUGAUCAAAUCAUAUAAUCAAAAUAUUCUAAUACUCGAAUUUCAAAGUUAAACAAACGAAAGCAAACCGAUGAAGGUACCGGCAAUAAUAAAUAGCCAAGUAUAAAAAUAUUACUCAAAACGUUUUGAACCCCCAAACUUUUGACAUUUAAAACAAAUCUAAGAAAAAUAACAAAUGAUUGCUAAACCAACUCUAGAGAGUGCCCAAUAAAUUUAGUUCUUUUGAAGAGGAAUAAACGAGAAAACUUACCAAA